AUGGCGGUCUGGGAAUUUAUGGUUAUGCUGUUGGUGUGACGUAUAAUCUAGUGGACGGAACGCUUCUUUCAUCAGCAGCAACAGUGAGUCAGACACCUCGGUAGCUUGCUAGACAAAUUAGCCGAACCAAUAUAGCUCUUUAGACGCUUUCGUGUAUAUUAGCCACUGUGUUUUAAACCCAUUUCUGUCGUCUAGUUAGUUAUCCGAUUUAAUUUCAUAUUUACGGUGUUGUUAUUAGUCAGCAAGCGGGCUGGUUAAGUUAGCAUUAGCAUAGCUAACAUCCCCGACCAUGCGGUCACUAAGCUACUCUCCUUCUAAUGAAGAGAAGGAUAUCACAGUAAAACAAGAAGUAGAGAGUGGGGCCUUUACUGUGAAAGAAGAGGAGGACGCGUUCAGAGUGAAAGACGAGGAAGAUAUCACAGUAAAACAAGAAGUAGAGAGUGGGGCCUUUACUGUGAAAGAAGAGGAGGACGGGUUCAGAAUGAAAGAGGAGGAUGGUGUUACAGUGAAAGGAGAGCAUGUAGUUUAUGGCGUGAAAGAGGAGGGGGAGGAGAUGACUGUUACAUCGAAAAAGGAGGAAGAGGAGGAACCUGGAUAUCUGGUUCCGGUUUCCCAAACGCAUCUUAAGGCGUCCAAUGGUUCUAACGAUGGACUCAACCGUAAGAUGGUUUUGAGAAACCGUUCCCUGAUUAACACUAGAGAGAGACGUGACUAUCGUGGAUCCUCUGGGGAGCCUCAACAACCUCAUGAUGCUGAGGAGACAGAGAAGAGUCUCUCCAGAUCAGAACACCUCAAUAAACACCCGCAGAGACCCACAGGGAAGAGAACUCACUGCUGCUCUGACUGUGGGAAGAGAUUCACACCAUCAGGCAUUAAAAAUAAUCAGAGAACACACACAAGAGAGAAACGUUAUAGCUGUGGUCAAUGUGGGAGGAGUUUUACUUCAUCUGGCAGUCUGACUCUACACCAGAGAACACACACAGGGGAGAAACCAUAUAGCUGUGGUCAAUGUGGGAGGAGUUUUACUUCAUCUGGCAGUCUGACUCUACACCAGAGAACACACACAGGGGAGAAACCAUAUAGCUGUGAUCAAUGUGGGAAGAGUUUUGUUCAAACUUCCCAUCUGACUCAACACCAGAGAACACACACAGGAGAGAAACCUUAUAGCUGUGGUCAAUGUGGGAGGAGUUUUAGUCGACCUGGAGUUCUGACAGUGCACCUGAGAACACAUGCAGGACAGAAAUCUUAUAGCUGUGAUCAAUGUGGGAAGAGUUUGACUUCAUCUGGCAGUCUGACUCUACACCAGAGAACACACACAGGAGAGAAACCUUAUAGCUGUGGUCAAUGUGGGAGGAGUUUUAGUCGAUCUGGAGUUCUGACAGUGCACAAGAGAAUACACACAGGAGAGAAACCGUAUAUCUGUGGUCAAUGUGGGAAGAGUUUUUGUCAAUCUGGCCAUCUGGCUCAACACCAGAGAACACACAGGAUUGAAAUCUCAUAGCUGUGACCAGAGAUAAUCUGAUAAAAGAUCUCUGGUCAAAUAUUAGAAAAUACAUACAUGAAGUAGUAGUUUCAUGAUUUCAAUGAAUUAAUGUCACAAUGUAGAAUUGUUUUACAUUGUAGUAGGAGUAUUGUAAUGAUUUCACAAUGUAGAAGCCUAAACGUGUGCCCACUUAUGAAUUGAUAUCAACAUGUUAUGGAUAUUAGCCUCAGGGGAAAAAUCCAGGUUCUGAAAUGGAAGAGUACUAUUUAUGUGAUUUAACAAAAAUUGACAAACAAAAAAAUAGUUCGGAUCAAAUCAAAUGUAUUUAUAAAGCCCUUCUUAUAUCAG